UGCGCGCAGGCGCGCUGGUGACCGCCUGCCCGCCCGGUGGUGUGUGUGCGCGAGAGAGAAGAUGGCGGCGGCGGGGGCAGCAGCGUGAGGAGCCGAGCGGACGCCGAGCUCCCCAUUGAAGCGGGGGCGCCAUGGCCUUAAACAGCGCCCAGUAUAUCUUUGGGGAGUUCAGCCCUGAUGAGUUUAAUCAAUUUUUUGUGACUCCUCGAUGCUCUGUUGAGCUUCCUCCAUACAAUGAAACAGUUUCUUGUGGUAUUAAGUCCACAGGUGAACGUCAUGAUGGUGCAUCCAUUUCAAUCCAUGCAACAAUAGAUCCUCGAAACACCACGGAAUGGAUUGAAACAAAGGUGGCUGGAAGCAAAGUGGAAGGGGAGGAUUAUCGGAGAAUUGAAUUUGGUGUUAAUGAAGUUAUUGAGACAGAGUCAUCUGUGCUGAAUAACACUGACUACAGUAUUUCGAGCACUCUGAAUCCUCAGGCUCCAGAAUUUAUUCUCGGUUGUCCAUCAACUCAGAAAACCCAUGAUGACAUUCUUAAUGAAACUAACUACAACUCCAUAGACUGCCAGUUCACUGAUCCUGCCCUCGCUUUGGAUAGCGGUUCUAAUCCUGAAAAUGAUAGCUUAUCUGGGGGCCUUGGACAACGGGAGCGUAAAAAGAAGAAAAAAAGACCACCUGGAUACUACAGUUAUUUGGAAGAUGUCAGUGAUGGCAUUGUUCCUGCAGAGGCUCUUGUAAAUGGCCAUGCAAAUUCAUCAGGACUGAAUAGUAUAAGCACAGAAGAUACGGAACUUACAGGAGACAGACCAUCAUCAGCCUCACCAAGGACUUGUAACAGCCCUGAAAAUUCUGUGGACUUCAUUAGUGAAGCUGUGUCUGAUGAUUCUGUUUCUAGUGUAUUAGACAAUACCAGGACUGCAGGGCAGCCUGAGAUAUGCAGUGUUACCAAUUCUGAACAAUUCUGCAUCCCCUCAGAGGCUGGCAGAGAUAGCCCUUUAAGGACAGCUGUUGUAGAACCUUAUGAUGGUACUGAUACUACUGAAAAUCUUGGUGUUACUAAUGGACAAACACUUGAAUCCUCUGGUGAGGGCACAGCUGCCAAUGGGGUAGAAUUGCACACUAUGGAAAGCACUGACUCAGACCAAGCUAAGCCCGAGGAUGUUUCACCUACUACUGAGGCGACAGCCCCGGUUUCAGGAUCAGUCCUUGUUAAUCAGCCUGCAAAAUCGUGGGCUAGUCUUUUUCACAAUUCCAAGCCCUCUGCUUCCACAUCUGUGGCCUAUGUUGAGACUAAGUGUACCCCUCCUGCCACAUCUACUCUGGUCCCUGAAAAACAGGUUGAAGUCAAAGAGGGACCUGUUCCCGUUUCAGAGGAUCCUGUAGCCAUAAAGAUUGCAGUUUUCUACUCUAACCAGAAAUUGACCGAGGGCUUUCUAUCCCAAACCAGCAGGACUACUUGUGGAGAAUUACUGGAGAAUGUAAAAUUAAUACAUAAACCAGUAUCUUUGCAACCACGAGGGCUGAUCAAUAAAGGAAACUGGUGCUAUAUCAACGCUACACUGCAGGCUUUGGUUGCUUGCCCUCCGAUGUAUCACCUAAUGAAGUCAAUUCCAGUGUAUUCAAAAUCACAGCGGCCAUGCACCUCAACACCAAUGAUAGACAGUUUUGUUCGUCUAAUGAACGAGUUCACUAAUAUGCCAGUACCUCCUAAAGCAAAACAAGCUUUAGGUGAUAAAAUUGCAAGAGACAUCCGGCCUGGAGCUGCCUUUGAACCAACAUACAUCUAUAGGCUGCUGACGGUUAUCAAGUCAAGCCUGUCAGAAAAGGGCAGACAAGAAGAUGCUGAAGAAUACCUGGGAUUUAUCCUAAAUGGGCUACAUGAGGAAAUGCUGACCCUAAAGAAACUUCUUUCCCCACACAAUGAAAAAAUCUGUGUUUCCAAUGGUCCUGAGACGCAAUCUGUAAAUGAAGAGGAGGAUCAGGAUGAACAAGGAGAAGGUAGUGAGGAUGAAUGGGAACAAGUCGGGCCCCGCAAUAAAUCAUCAGUUACUCGACAGGCUGACUUUGUUCAGACUCCUAUUACAGAUAUCUUUGGUGGUCACAUAAGGUCUGUGGUUUACCAGCAGAGUUCUAAGGAGUCUGCCACUCUGCAGCCAUUUUUCACUCUACAACUGGAUAUCCAGUCUGACAAGAUACGCACAGUCCAGGAUGCAUUGGAAAGCUUGGUGGCAAGAGAGUCUGUCCAGGGUUACACCACAAAAACCAAACAGGAGGUGGAGAUCAGUCGAAGGGUGACCCUAGAAGAGCUCCCUCCUGUUCUUGUGUUACACCUCAAAAGAUUUGUAUAUGAGAAAACUGGUGGAUGCCAGAAGCUUAUCAAGAAUAUUGAGUAUCCCGUUGACCUGGAAAUUAGUAAAGAGUUACUAUCUCCAGGUGUGAAAAGCAAGAUUUUUAAAGGCCAAAGAACCUACCGGCUCUUUGCAGUUGUCUAUCAUCAUGGAAACAGUGCAACUGGUGGCCAUUACACUACAGACGUCUUCCAAAUUGGUCUUAAUGGCUGGUUACGCAUUGAUGACCAGGCAGUCAAGGUGAUAAAUCAGUACCAGGUGGUGAAGCCGUCUGCUGAACGCACAGCCUACCUCCUGUACUAUCGCCGAGUUGACCUGCUGUGAAACUUCCCUCUUUAUGCUGUGUGUGCAAGAUACCUGCUUUGUAGAACGCCAACUAUCACUAACUUUUUUCCUCCUUUAAAUGCUCUUUUGAGUGAAUCCUUUUUUCCCUUGCAACUAUGGGCUAGAGUGAAAAAGGAAACUACCUUGGGGGUUGUGCACAACAUAGUUUGUGUGUUGACUUUUGACUUUCCAGAAUGAAGUCAUUUGGUUGAAAGACUCAGUCUCACGAAUCACAAAAAGAUAAAAUA